GGUUGUUUGGCUUCAAUACAUACGCGCGUCUGCAUUGCCGCCAUUUGAAAUAAACGGAUGAAAAUUCCGUGACAAAUAUUGGAAUUUGAUAAAUUUUGUGCAUUUUUUUUUGUGUUUGGUUGGAUUGUGCAUGUGGGUGUGUGAGAAAAUGGAGGAUUUAAUGGAAAUAUUGAACUCGGUGAUGGAGUAUCAGUUGAAUUUGGAUACACUAUACAAAAAACAAAUGAGCGAACUAUCAGACCUUUUAAAUGGUGGAACUCCAAGUUCUGGCGAGAAUGGCAAAGCCACAUCCCAAGCAGCUGCUCCUGCAAUAAGCGGAAACAGUUCUGUGACGCCGCAACAAGCCAAGAAGCGUCCCAAGCGUCUGACUUCACUAUCGGAAAACGAGCAUGAAAGUGAGACUGAUGCUCCAUCGGAAUACAGUGUGCGCCAGAGUGCGCGCAUGAGCAAUUCCCAGCUCUUGGCCGUGGCUGAGGCAGAGGAAAAUCUUAAUAGUACAGCUUCGCUAAUGCCUCCACCACCAGCACCAACUUUGGCAGAUUCCACCAUGAACACGACGGGACGACCUCAGCGGGCAGCCAAACUGAAAUCUGAAAAGAAUCUUAAAGAGCCGAGCAUUAAGCAAAAACUGCGUCGACCCAGUCAAGAGGAGCUGGUAAAGGUUAAAGUGGAAAGCGAACAGCGUGCCUCUCAGUUCAAUAGCUCAACAAGCAGUAGAAAUAAGACCACUACAAUUGAAAAGGAAGCGCCUAAUUCUGAUCCAGCUCCGGUUCCCGACUCUUCAGUUGACACUACAACGGCUGAGAAGUCUUCGGUGGACACGUCUACAGUAAACAAGUCUUCAGUGGAGUCGGAAUUCGGUAACAGGACAAGGAAUCUUCGAGUGGAAAUUAAACGUGAAAAGCUUAGCGUCGAUAUGCAAAAAUCCACAGGCAAUUCCACUGUUGCCCUGGAGGCAGAAACUACCAGACAAACGGAUGACACAGUCCUCUCCAAGACCACUGAUGAGCCUACAAAGAAAACAAAGAAAAAAGCCGCCAACCAUCGUCCCAUCAAAGUGGAGCGUUUCAGUAUACUGGAUCAAGGAUCACCAAUAUCAUCGCGUACACGAAAAAAUAGUACCGAAACACGUCCACGUGUCGACAAUCAGAAUCGUUCCAUCUAUAAAGAUGCUCUCGAGGCGCCAUCCAAUGAAACUGUGGUCCUGGGACCAGCUCCAACCAGUACCGUUCCACCGGCAGACGCUACUGUCGUAUUGAGUGGUCAGCCAGAAGCCAACGAUGCCACAUUCCAAGUGAACUCUGGCGAACAAGAGGAGUCAAUGGAAACAGCUCGAGAUGUUAGUCUACCAGAAGCACCAAGACACGAUAGUCUGAUGACCGAGGAUAAUUCUGUUGAGGAACCAUUGCCAGUGGCAACAGUCGUCACCAAAUUGAUCAGCAGUGCCAGCACAUUGAAAGCACUCAAAAUGCCCACACGGCCACAUGAGUUGUUCAAUCCCCUAAUGCAGAGUCCAGUGAAGAUGCGAGUGGAGGCUUUCGAACAGGUGGCAAUUGCUCAAAAUAAUUUGCGUCCCAAGCGGAUCAAGGAAAUUAACACUCCAGGAUCGAGUAAUACACCAAAAGUAGGAAAAUUGCCAGCACCCACUGUUGGACGAUUCUUUACGCCAACUCAGAGUUCCUCGGUGUUGCCCAUUAAUUCGGCUCAACCCAAAAAGGCUCCAAUGAGUGCUUCCAAGGCCGGCACAUUAACAAAGACAGCGACUGGUACCAAUCUUAAGACCACUAAUUCCACAUCCACAAAGACUUUAAGCCGAGAGAACAGCGGCGAUGAUUUCCGCAAGGGUCUGCAUCAAUUGGCCGAAGAGCGCAAAAAGCAACGCGAACAAAAGCAUCUUCAGGCGGCCCAGCAACGCGAGGCCAAGGAGCGAGAGCGAGCCGAACGCAUGGCCAAACUGGCGAAAGAACGUGAGGAGAAGCGAAUUAAGAAACAGCAGGAGAAGGAAAAAUUGGACGAGAAGCGGCGACAAGAAAUGGAGGAGCAACAGCGUAAAAUGCGUUUGCUAGAGGAAGCCGAAUCCGCCAAGAAGGCCAAGUUAAGGGAGUUGGAACAGCAAAAACUGCAGCAAUUGAAUGCAAAAGCCAAGCAAAUGUUACCGCCACCACCGAAAAAUAAGUUCACAUGGGAAAUGCUGCACGAGGAUGACUCCACAGAUGAUGAGGAAAAGGUCACAUACAAGCGACCACCAGCACCCUUAUGGAGUCGAAGUCAUAUACGGGGAGAAGCAAUCAAAAUGCAAAGCCAUGCGCCUACCGAUGUCAUCGAUAGCUUCUUUUCGGUGGCACCCACUACACCUGAUUUGAAGUUAAUUUUCCCCAACAUUGAUCCCAGUCACCUGAAACGUAAUUCCAGUGUGCUGUGGUCCACACCGCCGCGAUAUUCCGAGUUGCCAAAAUAUUAGAUAUUUUUAAUAUACGUUUUGCCUCUUUGAAUUUUUUGCUAUAAAUUAUUAUCUAUGUUCAUAUUUAAUUCAAUAAAAAGUAAAAUAAAAGUUUAACAAAACAAGAAAAA